CUUUUCCAGAGCAUCAGUAGCUCACCACCACUCCCAGCAUGAAGUUUGUGAUCCUCGCCGCCGUGGCCUCCCUGGCUGUCGCCGCCCCCCAGUACACCCUCCCUGAGCCCAGCUAUAGCGCUCCCGCUGCCUCCAGCAGGGCUGUCUCGUUCGACACUGUCGAGGUGGUUCCUAUCCUGAGGGACGACCGUGUUCACGAGACUGAUGGUAGGUACAGCUUCGACGUGGAGACUGGCAACAGCAUCAUGUUCUCCCAGUCUGGGUCUCCAGACGGUCCUAAUGGAGCUGUAGUGACGGCUGGCAAAUAUGCGUACACCGCUCCCGACGGCUCUUUAAUAGAACUGAAGUUUGUCGCUGACGAAAACGGCUUCCAACCCGAGUCAGAUAUUCUGCCAGUGGCUCCCGCCUUCCCCCACCCAAUCCCUCAGUUCGUGCUGGACCAGAUCGCCUUCGCUGCUGAAGAGGACGCUGCCCGCGCCCGCGCUGAGGCCAAUGGCAUCAGGUCUGCUGCCUCUUCUCCCUCCUUGACUUACGGAGCACCUCAGUAACCUUUAUUUAACAUGAGCCAUCCCACUCCAAGGAUCUCCACCCACCUUCCUGUAUUUAUUUCAUUUAUGCCUUAAGUACUGUAUGACUUUUACUGUACAUGUGCAAUAUAUAUAUUCUGCAAGA